CACACCCAUGCAUCAGGAGCAUCGAAUCAAAGUUCAUGUUUCAGUGUUUGCACUCUAAGCAUUUUCUUUAUGGACCUGCAGCUUUGAGGAGCACUUUUAGCUCCACUGCUUAAAGGAAGAGAGAUCAGCUCAGUGUUAAUAAUAGAUUCAAUUUCAUAACCUCUGAAAAAGCUUCAUCACACUAAAACCUAACAAGAAUUAUUACAGAAAUCAUUAAAGGCCAACAUUCUUUUAGGAAACUUGUAUUUUUAAUCAAAGAGUUAUCUCAAGUGUUAUCAUUUAUUAAUAGAAAGAAGCAUUGGAUUUCGAGGACCUGUGGAAUUAUUUAAACCAUCACACUCGUUCUCUACCUUCACAGUAAAUACAACCUUUUCCUGAGCACAGUCUGGUCUCUCACGACGUAUUUCAUCAAAUACCCGAUGAUUCACUUCCUUUCUUCCUUUCCUCUCCCCUCUCUGUACCCAGCCACCAUCGCCCUCUGUCUUGCUCCUAUUUCCCAGUCCACUGAGUUAAAUAUGGGGAAACCAAACCAAUCAGGCCAUGACAUGGUUAUUAUUUUAAGUACUUUUUUUAAUUCCCUCUCUCUUUGUCAUUACCAUUUGUUCUCGCCUCCUGUCUCCCAUUUUCAUCUGUCUCAGUCAGCUUUUUGUCCAUCUGCGAGGAUGGAGAAUUCCAUAACCACGAAACGUAAACCCACAAGAUAUAAAAUCAUUAACAUUUGACCGACAUGUGUGUCUCUGUGUGGGUUUCUUGUGGAGGAUUCUCAACAGAUUCCCACAAUUUCAAAGGAGAAAAGCAUCUAUAUGCACACGCGGACCUGCUCGGCAGUAUUUUUCCACUCGGAUGAUCCACGAGAAACUCUAAAUGAAAGAGGUUCCAUAAGAAAUCCUAAAUACAUGCAGAUUUGCACAAACUACAUGUAUUAUGCAAAUCGUGCUCCCACUAGGCGAAGUUACUCACCUCCUCCAGGGAUUGAAGCACACGUUACUGUACAACACACCCUGUUGAGUUAAUUCAGAACGAGCAGUGAGCAUUUAAAAUGUCUCCAGCACAGCAGAGGGGGGAAAUCUGCAGUGUCUGGACAAAUGAUGAGCAGUGUGGAUGUUGAAAACGAAGGUGCACAUCAGUAAUGACGCUCCCUCGCUGCUUUAAACCUGCAGUAGGCCACGUUCCCACCACAUGGGGGCAGCGUGAACAAAAGCUAAACAACAGUAACAAGAUUUAAGUCCCGACAUCGAAUGUAAAGUCAGAAUGCUAACGUCUAUAACAAAUGCAGUCAGUUUGUUUCAGAGAGAAAUAAAAUACAUAUAUCACUCCUGUGGGAACAUCCUGUGCGAUGACUCAUCCCAUCACUGCAUCCUCCACCAUCUGUGGACUUUUGUCUUUUAGGAUCACGUCAUUGAUGUAGUUGUCGAAUGCUGACUGUGAGUGUAGCCGAGUGACACACACACACACACACACACACACACACACACACACACACACACGCUGAUCCCACAGGACAGCAGUCCAGUCAUUAUCAGGACGCUGGCUAUUAAGAGGUGUAAAUGUCCUUUAAUUAGAGAGGAUAAUAGGAAGGACUAGUGUCCUCAUUAAGAGUGUAAUCAAUGAAUGCUAAGGAGCUAAACAUCAGCUAAGCUUCACAUAACAACAUAAAUAAAAGUAUCAGUUUGUUCCGUGUUUGAGCAGAAUCAUGAAUUAGGAUUCAUCGCAGCAGCUGAGAGGGGUCCAGUGUUUACUGUCCUCCACUCUUGGCCGUUUUAUAACGUUUGAGGUCAUUAUCCUGUUGCAGCCCGGCUCUUCAGCUGACAGCGCUGCGUGUUUACAGGCCACCCUGUGCUCAAACAGCACAAAGGACGCUCGUGUUCCUUGAUACUGGAGGUCAACCGGCGUUUGUUUGCCUUGGUCUUACAAUAAAUCGUCCCUUUAGUUUUGCCAUUUUUAAUGUGCAGCCACAUCCAGGUACACAUGUAUUAAUUUGUGUAUUUCUUCUAGCGUGUUAAUUUUUUGGAGUGCUGGGUGCAUGUGUGGAUGACAAAUGUUUGGUAUUUUCUCCAGAAAGCUCUGUUUGACUUUUUCACAUCAGGGGGUCUUGUUUCAAUCACACACCCCCUGUGGGAACGUGUGUGUUUCUGUCUGUAGUCACGUUUGUGUGCUAAUCUUGCGACAUACUGUACAAUAUGUGCAUCUUUGUACUCACUUUUUUGUGUUACAGCAGGUUUGUGAGUGUGUAUGUGUGUGUCCAGGAACCCUGCAUUUGAGUGCGUGUGGGUGUGUGUGUCGUCCAGAGUACAUAUAACUGGAUUAGCCGUCAUGCUUUUAUUUCUGUAAUGGAAACAUCAGCCUCUGAAAGAAAGUAGGGCUGAGGCCAGGCAGUGAGUGUGUGUAAGAUAGUGGGGGAGAGAGGGGGAGGCUGAUGGCUGUAAGUAGUGAACUCGGUGAGAGGAAAUUUACUGUCCAAGAGGCUCUUUAGCUUUGUGUUGGCAUUAUAUACUGCGAUUUUAAAGCGAAAGCUGCACGGUAAAAUACUGUGACGAGUAAGAAUCGCUUGGUGAAAACAAUCUUCCAGUCCAUACGUGUGCUGUACAUAAACAGCACAUGUGAGACAUACGCAUUGUAUGAAGUCGGCAAAAAUAUUUCUCCACCUUUGUGCUGACAAUAGAGAUAAUCCACAAUUAAAUGAUGCAGGUUCAUGGAAAUGAUGAAUUUUAGUUCAGUUUUUGUUUGCUUUUUACACGCCACACACACACAUUUACACUUUUACCUGUACCUUCAGAGGGACUUAAACCUACAACUUUGCUUUAUGGUAGUUUGCAUUUGAUGCGCGUUGCCACUGGACCACCUUCAGCGCUAGACACUAAGCAAAGAAUGACUAAGUUUCUUUAAAAGUUUACAAUGUGCUGCUUGUUACUAUGCAAGGACUUCAGAUUGAUGUUGUGGCAGUACAGCUCGCACAUGCCAAAAGUGGGAUUUGAACCUAUGAUUCUACUGUAAAUGCGAAACCCAACACUCCAACCACUAAGCUACAGGUAAAGUGAGCUACUCACUCUGAUCAACUCACUUUGGCAUGACUCAUCUAUUGUACUGAGUUGAACUGCAUUAACAGUACUAAAGGUGUUCUGAAAAAAAGGUCAUAGUGUGGUACAGUAUACUGUACAAACAUCAUAGUACAGUUCAAUAAAAUCUGAAAGAUAAAAAGCUGUUUCUACCUGUAAAAAGAAUGUUCAAAAAACACAUUUCAUUUUUUUCUUUAUAUAUGUUUAUAUGACUAUGAAUGUCAGCUUCACAUUUAAUUUGUUUCCUGCCAUUGGUACAGUAGUUGUCACUACCUAUUACUCACAAGUUUGCUUGACAGAGACAGAGUGUGACGUGAUAAUGGUGAGAGCAGGUCGCAGGCCAGUGUGUGUGUAUGUGUGUGUAUGUGUGUGUUUUGUACAGGGGCAGAAGUCAAUAGUCCCAUGUCAUGACCAAGUGUGUGUGUGUGUGUGUGUGUGUGUGUGUGUGUGUGUGUGUGUGUGUGUGUGUGUGUGUGUGUGUGUGUGUGUGUGUGUGUGUGUGUGUGUGUGUAUGUGUGUGUGUGUGUGUGCAGCCACUCGAGUCAACAUCCCGCCCUUCAGUGAUUUUUACUCAAAGUGACUAUUGGCAAGGUUUAAAUUCUUGGUUUCGAGGCUUAAAGCAAACUCAAGGUAUCUAACCUAACACUAAACUAAGACAUUUGUUGACAAUACUCUGUUUCAGCUCAGUCGACCCUCCAUUUACUGUAAACACUGAGACAAGUUUGUUUUUGUUGUACUCAUUUGUGUUAUGCUGGCCAUCAAAACAGCUCCACAGUGUCAAAACAAGCCGGCUCCAGUGCAGCAGAGAGCCACAGUGUGAAGGAGCAUGAGGGAUAAAUUCAAUAUAUAUUUAAAAAAAUACCCCAUAACACGUUACAUUUCAUCACAGAAUGGAGACUGGUCCUUUUUCUUAUGCCAUUUAGAGCCUUGGCUCUUGGAUGAUGAUGAUAACACAAAACCCUGGUUAAUAAUCUGUCAAUGUAAUAAUAAUGGUACAUUUCUCAACAUUAAAUAUACUGGACUUUUGCUUCUAUGUAAGAAAUGUUGAUACAGUAAAUAACAAUACUGAGUAAUGUAACACACUGACUAUUUUUUUCAUCAAAUACUGUACUGUGUUUUUGACCACAUACCGUACUAGAACAGCGUAUUCCCCACAUACUAUGUAUAUUGUGAAAUGUCUCAGUAAAGUAUUGUAUGAGGUCCAAAAUAUCUAUGAAUAGUGCCAUGUGGGAUUCAAACCCUGCUCCUCAGGUGGCACAAGUGCUUUAAACCUUCAGCUACAUUAGAAACUGGAGUCCUGCUCUUUCCCUCCUAUACAUAUAGAGUACACUAAUAGAAAUAAAUUUGAAAAAAACAGUCAUAUAGUAUAUUAUGAUGUGAAAGACAAGUCUCACUAUAGUAUGUGAUGUAUUAUAACAUGUCCAUGGUGGGAUUUGAACCCUGUUGCCCCAAAACAAAGACAACUGCUUUAACCCCUCAACUAUAUGAAAACAUGAAAGUCUGAUGUUACCAUCUUUUACAAAUACAAUGGCAUAAUAAGAAAACAAAUCAUCAAAUACAUGCCUCAGUAUUGUAUGUUAACAAAAACACACCAUAUGUGGUGAAAAGUAUCAUAGUAUAGUAUGUGGUCAAAAACAUGACUUGUACUUGGUGUAACAGUGACAUACAGUAGUACUAUACAUUCCUGUAAAUAAGCAGAGCAGCUGCUCCAUCUGCUGGUCGAGAUGUUGAAACACAUGCAGAUGUCCUUCGUGGAGGUUUACUGGUAUUCUCGUUGAAAUGGGAUUUAUACUGAGUUAGCAUUUAGUCAGUAAAAGAGGCCAUCGUCCACAGAGUUACUCAGAUCUUUUCUGCAUGGUACAAUAAACAAAGAUAACAAAGAACAGUGUGACCACUGUUUUAUAUUUCCUUAAAACCAAGGUGUCAUGUAUAAUCUGUUGAUUAUUAUAGCUGUAAUAUAAAACACUGGAUUUCUUCCAGUCCCGUAUCAAGUUUUCAUCAUAGUGUAAAAGCACAUUCAUAAGAUUUGUUUGCCCUUCUUGUCCUGUGAGCAUGUUUGUGGUUUAAUCUUUGGCAAAAUAAUUAAGCAAUGAAUGCAGGGCUCUUAGAGAAGAAGAAAUAACACCUGCUCACUUCUACCAAAAACUCUCUGUACUAAAAUAGUUGUAAAUUUGUGCUUUUAUUGUGAAAGAGCACUAGUCUGUAAAUAUGUACAUUGACUAUGACCCAAACAUAGCAUUUAAACCUUUACAAGACACAGUAUCCAAGAAACUCUUUCACCCUUUAUGACCCACAUUUAGUUUGAUUUCCCCUAAACUGUGACUCGUUACGAGAAAAAGAGUUUUUUCAAGCAGUGUUUGUGAGCGAUCCUGUUACAGGAAGUAGUCAUGUUUCACCUGUGUCAAGGAAAUGUACUGUACUAAAAUGCAACUUGGGACAUUUUUUAAAUAAUUUGGUUUCAAGUUACAGACCCUGGUGUCACAGCAGGGGCCCAGGGGCAAAACAACGGCCACCAAGGUACAGAACCGAGGUCCACAGAACAGGGAGCCGCCAGUCACAGUCUUAGAUUAGAGACUGGUAAUUCACACAUAUAUGACAAAACAGCCACAAGGACGUUUUAUAAAUGCCACCAAAUUAUGUAGCAUAGGAGAAUAUGUUGUGUUAUAAACUAUAUGACUGAUUAACAUUAGUGUGGUUACGAUAAGAUCAAACUGUGUGGAUGGAGAGCUGCUGCAUGUGAUGCAUGGACGGUGCAUGGACGGCUUUAAUAGACAGGUACGGGACGGCACGAGCCACGUCUCAGCCAAUCACGAUCCAGAGUCCAGCUCCGGUGAAACUGCAGAGGUUUUAAACUGAUAGCACCUGUGUGCUGAGCCCUGAGAGGUUCCAUGUGUCUGUAGAAAUACACUGGUUCUGCUCCAGCCUCCGGCGCCUCCUCUAGUUCAUCUAAGCAGCCUUUGGUGCGUAAAUGACGUGGGGUGAAGGAAGCUUGAAGAUGUUCGUCUCGGCGCUGCUGCUCCUGUCCCUGUUCGCCCACUCGGGCCGGUUCGGUUCUGGUUCUGGUUCCGCGGCCGCGCAGGAAGCAGUCGGCAGCAUCGCGUCUCCAGGACAGCAUCCUCUGGCCGGAGCCUCCGUCCGCUCCCUCUUUAAUACACUGGAGCAACGUGUGCAAUGCGGCGCAGUGUCGUGUGAAAAGUGUAAUCUGACAGGAGCCGUUCACCAGCUGAUCGACGUUCAGGAUCAGGAUGGAGGAAACAUCAGCAUCAGCGCGCCCACGUUCCCGUCCUUCGCCGCCGGCUGCUUGCUCUACCUCUCCUCUCCGGAGCUGGUGUGCAGCGCCAUCGGCCGGGGGAGGUGGGGAGCCGAGGCCCGGCAGCUGCUGGACUCCAUCACCCGUCAGGACCACCGACACAUGGAUGUUGAUGGCUUGGAGGUUCUGCUGCAGGAGCUUGAUAGACACUACGAACCAGCCCUGAAUGAGAGCUGUGUAACAGCCAGUGACAUCAUGACAGAGGUCAGCGCACCAGGAGAGCGGACGCCGGACGCUGGGGCCGCGUUGGGCUCCGUCCUGUAUCGCGCUCUGCGCGGCGACUGCUUCGUCAGCCGGCCUCUGCCCGACGAGAGCUUCUUCCUGGACGACAUCAUGGCCCGACUGGGCUCAGAGAACUUCACUGUGGAGGAAUUGAGGACUUUUAUGAGGACUCUGAACAUUGGACCCGACUCGGAGGAAAAUCAUGACCAUGAGCAUCAGAGUGAUGAGUCGUCUCAUCACAAUGUCAGAGAAAACAGCACCUGGGCUCAGGUACCGAACGCACUGAGACGCUGGAGCAUCAUGUACCAACCCAGUUGGGCUCAUUCUGACGGUGAAUCGCCUUCCUCCCCUCUCACCCAGCGCUGUUUCUCGGCUGAAGAGCUGCUCCGGAUCCACGGUCUGGUGGACAAGCGCUCCUCGGGUCUGGGUCGGGCCGCCGCCGCUCGGCUCAGCCCCGCCUUCGUCCAGCAGAUCCUGGGCGGAGCCUGCGCCGGCGCCGCCGAGCCCGCGCUGCCGGACGGACUCACCAGGACUGAGAGGUACGUCUACGCCACCAUCGCCAACGCCGUCAUCACGCUGGUGUCCAUGUUCGGCAUCGUGCUGCUGCUCUGCACGUCCUGCACCGGCGCGUUCCAGCUGUGUGUCCAGUUCUGCAUCAGUCUGGCCGUGGGCUCGCUGACCGGCGACGCGCUGCUGCACCUGCUGCCGGCUUUUCUAGGUUUGCACGGUCACGCGGACGGCGGCGGCGGCGGCCGAGAGCAGCCGGAAAUACCCGAUUACAUCUACAAGAUGCUGGUUGUGAUGUCUGGGAUUUACUACUUUUACCUGAUGGAGACCGUUUUCUCCAUCGUCACAUAUAAAAACAGCCUUCGCGAUCAACACCACCACGCGGAGGAGUCAGAGCCUCAUCACUGUGACCACGGGAAGGUUUUAGAGAUGUACCAACAGGAGAAGAAGCAAAGGGACCAGACGGCGUCCAAAGCGGACCUGGUCGCUGAUGAAGACGAGGAGGAACAACGGGGGUCAAAGAAGCGGACCAGACAGCAGCGUCUGCUUCCCGUCAUGAUCACGCUCGGUGACGGCAUCCACAACUUCGCCGACGGCCUGGCGAUGGGCGCCGCCUUCUCGCUGUCGUGGCGGUCGGGCCUGGCCACGUCGCUGGCGGUGCUGUGCCACGAGCUGCCCCACGAGCUGGGCGACUUCGCCAUCCUGCUCCACAGCGGCGUGCCGGUCCGGCGGGCGCUGCUCCUGAACGUGGCCAGCGCCAUGACGUCGUUCGUGGGCCUGUACAUCGCGCUGAGCGUGGCCACGGACGCCGCGGCGCAGCACUGGAUCGGCGCCGUGGCCGCGGGGCUCUUCCUGUACGUGGGCCUGGCCGACAUGCUCCCCACCAUGGUGCACGUCAGCAACCACAGGCCCUGGCUGAUGUUUCUGCUGCAGAACGUGGGCCUCCUGCUGGGAUGGGGCAUCCUGCUGGUUCUGGCUCUUUACGAAGAGCGGAUCAGCUUUUGAGCUGCAGACGACACCACGACAUGAACUAUCAUGUAAUUAUUAUCCAUCGUUAUCUCAUAUUCUGAGAAUUCACCUUCACCUUCCUAUAAACUAUGAAGGUUAUUAAUGCAGCUGAAAAUAGCAAUUAAAUAAAUAAAUUCUAGUUCUAUAUGAAUACAUUUGGGUCAUUCAUCGUCUGCUGACACUGGCUGUUUGACACCAUCUGACUUUUUAUGGCGCACACAAACACUUAACCUUCACUCACUUUUACAGACACAGGUUACUUAACAGGUAGAUUAGAAGCACUGCUGAAAGUCCACUGAAGACCAGUGCAGGUUUGUGCCAUCACACAACUUACAAAUGUGCAUUUUUUUGUUUUCCCUCUUGAUUUAUUCUUACACUUAGUUAUAGCUUUGUACAGGUUUGUUGCCUUUGUGCUUUUUCGUGCUCCCGUUCCUGAAGUUUAUUAUUAAACUCACUAUCAGAUGUGACAAAGAUUUAUCUUGUUUCUAUAUGUUAUGGUAGGAUGCUAUAUUUUUUGUAUUUUUCUCUUGGAAAACAAAUAAAGUUCAUAUGUUUCAGAGUAA